AUGGAAAAAAAAAUCUUAGAAUGGGCUAUAAAUAAUACCACCAAUGAUUCUGUGGAAGGUGGGCAGCAACAGCCUGUUCCUGAAGAUAAAGAAAGAGGACCAAAGAAAAUUGAUCCCGAGAUUAUAGAUGCAAUAUUGGGUCAAAGUGACGCUGUUCGCAUGAAAGAGGCUAUUAAUGCGAUUGCUGACCCUGAUGAAACUAUGGAAAAUAAAACGAUUGCUUUCGACAACUUGGAGAUGCUGGUAGAACAUGUUGAUAACGCAAAUGAUAUCGAGAAAAUGAAUCUAUGGCCGAAACUGAUCUCGUUUGUUUCGUUGCCGGAUACUUCAUUACGCGUACAAGCAUUAUGGGUGUGUGGGACUGCUGUACAGAAUAAUCUUAAAGCGCAAAAAGCGUUUAUUGAUCAAGGAGGACUAAGAGUCGCACUUGACUUGCUAAAGAACACAAAUGAAGAUGCGGAAGUAAAAAGUAAAGCAGUGUAUGCUGUCUCAGGCGCAAUCAAACAUUACAAACCAGCAUUAGUACAAUUCGAAAAAGAAGGCGGAUACGAAGCAUUGUUAGCAUUGUUGCAGACUUCAGAUAAUUUACCAAUUCUUCGAAAAACAGUCUUUCUGUUCAACACUCUAGUCUUGCAAAAUCCCGAUGUGGUCGCAAAGAAUAUCGGGGAAAAAGGGUUAUCGAGGCAAAUGGUCAAAAUACUCGAGCAGUAUGGCGAGCAGGAUGAGGAUUUGACUCAUAAGAUUCUCACCACAUUCUUAACCCUACUACAAAACUCGCCGAAGUCAUUGAGCCCUAUAGAAACCUCCGAACUCAAAAAAUUCCUUCCCGAACUGAAAAAAAAGUACGGUAGUGAUACUAUGUUGAGUAGUGAAGAGUGGGGGAAAUGGAAAUGUGAUUUAUACUCUUUAUCAGUAGGAAAAAAGUUCAUUGGAACUUAUAACAAGGAUUCAAAUCGACCGCAUAUGUUGUUUCCUAUAUUCAGAGAACUACCAACAGCAAACCUGGUGUCUCCAAUAAUACCAGAACAAAAAUGGACACCAGACUCUAUUCGUCUGGGUGUUCUUGCACGUAAAAAAGGCAUGACUGCUCUGUGGGAUGAGUGGGGCGUUCGAAUACCCGUAACUGUUUUUCAGUUAGAACAUUGUCAAGUAAUUCAAGUAGUAUCGCAUGGACCAAAAGCUCAGCGCGAGAAUAUAAUCGAUAUACAAAUUGGAUGCACAGAUCGUAGACGUCCCGAAAGAUACAUGACCAGAGCCUUGAUUGGUCAUUUCCGAAAAGUUGGUUUGGCACCCAAACAAUACGUAGAGCUGUUCCAUGUUACGCCCGAUGCGACAUUACCUGUUGGAACAGAGUUAAAGGCCGCACAUUUUGUGCCAGGACAAUUUGUGGAUGUCCAAGGAACCACGCAAAGUGUCAAUAAUUUUCUUUAUAGGAUCAACAAAGGUUUUCAAGGUGUAAUGAAACGAUGGGGUUUUAAAGGUCUACCAGCAUCACAUGGUACUUCGCUCGCCCACCGUUCCGGUGGUUCAACGGGUCAAAGAACGGAUCCCGGAAAAGUUUUUAAAGGGAAAAAAAUGGCCGGGAGGAUGGGCGGAAAAAAACACACCUCACAUAAUCUUCAAGUUAUAAAAAUUGAUAAUGAACUCAACUGUUUAUACAUUAAAGGUGCUGUAGCAGGAUACGCGGGCGAGAUUGUACGAAUUAAAGAUGCCAUACGAAAAAAAGGAGUUUUGGCAUUUCCAAAAGAUGCAUUGCCGCCACCUUUCCCCACCAUUCAGCCAAAGGUAUUAAGCAGUAUGCCCAGAGAGUUGAUAGCAAAGACAGGAGGAACUGAUCCUUUUUUGAUUAAGGAAUCUUAA